ACAAGGUCACCACAGAUUUCAAUUUCGAACCUUCCUCCCCACCCUCCCAUCAAGAAAUCUGAGCCCUGGAUUGACAAUGGGAAUGCAUCCUCAACAGAAGACUUUGUGGGACUGGAGCGAAGGUUCUCGAUAAACGCUUAAAACAAAAUCAAGGAAUCAUUUACACCCACCGCUGCCUUUAACCGGAGGCGAAAAGCUCAGGGACAGAAAGCUCAGCUACGCUUUGCCCGCUGCCAGGAAAAGAUGUGGGAGGCGGAGCUUGGCCGGCCUUGAGACAAGCAGGCGGGAUUCGGACGGUAGUGGAAGAAGAGACCAAGAACCGAGGAAGAAAGGUACAGACCAUCCACAAAAAGCUCUAAAGGAAGAUAAAUUAUUCUUUCCGAAUAAAAGAAAGCCGAGAUCCAUGAGUGGGCAUCGGUCAGCAAGGAAACGAUGUGGAGAUUCUCACCCGGAGUCCCCUCUGGGCUUCGGGCACAUGAGUACUCCAGGGUGUGUAUUAAAUAAAUUGUUUCAGUUGCCUACACCACCACUGUCAAGACACCAACUUAAGCGACUAGAGGAACACAGAUAUCAGAGUGCUGGACGGUCCCUGCUUGAGCCCUUAAUGCAAGGGUAUUGGGAAUGGCUAGUUGGAAGAGUUCCCUCCUGGAUUGCCCCAAAUCUCAUCACGAUCAUUGGAUUGUCAAUAAACAUCUGUACAACUGUUUUAUUAGUCUUCUACUGCCCUACAGCUACAGAGCAGGCACCUCUGUGGGCAUAUAUUGCUUGUGCAUGUGGCCUUUUCAUUUACCAGUCUUUGGAUGCUAUAGAUGGGAAACAGGCAAGAAGAACCAAUAGUAGUUCUCCUUUGGGGGAACUUUUUGAUCAUGGUUGUGAUUCACUAUCAACAGUUUUUGUGGUUCUUGGAACAUGUAUUGCAGUGCAACUGGGGACAAACCCUGAUUGGAUGUUUUUUUGUUGCUUUGCUGGGACAUUCAUGUUCUAUUGUGCACACUGGCAAACCUAUGUUUCUGGAACAUUGCGAUUUGGAAUAAUUGAUGUGACUGAAGUGCAAAUCUUCAUAAUAAUCAUGCAUUUGCUGGCAGUGAUUGGAGGACCACCUUUUUGGCAAUCUAUGAUUCCAGUGCUGAAUAUUCAAAUGAAAAUUUUUCCUGCACUUUGUACUGUAGCAGGGACCAUAUUUUCCUGUACAAAUUACUUCCGUGUAAUCUUCACAGGUGGUGUUGGAAAAAAUGGAUCAACCAUAGCAGGAACAAGCGUCCUUUCUCCUUUUCUCCAUAUUGGAUCAGUAAUUACAUUAGCUGCAAUGAUCUACAAGAAAUCAGCAGUUCAGCUUUUUGAAAAGCACCCCUGUCUUUAUAUAUUGACAUUUGGUUUUGUAUCUGCCAAAAUCACCAAUAAGCUUGUGGUGGCACAUAUGACUAAAAGUGAAAUGCAUUUGCAUGACACAGCAUUCAUAGGUCCAGCACUUUUGUUUCUGGACCAAUAUUUUAACAGCUUUAUUGAUGAAUAUAUUGUUCUUUGGAUUGCUCUGGUCUUCUCUUUCUUUGAUUUGAUUCGCUACUGUGUCAGUGUUUGCAAUCAGAUUGCAUCUCACCUGCACAUACAUGUCUUCAGAAUCAAGGUCUCUACAGCUCAUUCUAAUCAUCAUUAGUGAUGCAGUUGAUGUUAUUAUAUAGGAAACUCAUGUUUUCUGCAGGAAAGAAUCUGAACAUACUAAGAAAGGGGCGGUUAAGAAUAAAUAUAAUUUAUAAUAAUCAAUGUUGUAUAACUUUUAUUCUUUGUUAUUGGUAACACUCCUUAACUAUGCUGUGUAAGAAUGGGAAUUUCAAGUUCCAUCUUGUAUAUUGUGCGUGUCGUCAUACAGCAUUUGGCCCAAGAAAGCAUGCAGGAAAAAAAUGCCAUGUGUUUGUCAUUAUCCUGAAUUCAGAGUAAAAUUGUCGUGGGGAGCAGAUCCCCAGUGGUGGAGAUUUCUACUGUAGAAUAUUUGUGGGCCAAAAAUGGUUGCUUUAUAAUUUUAACAAAUCAUCAUCUUUUAGUGACAUCCUUGUUUCAUGUCUUCUCAAGCUUUCUUUACUAAGGCAUUCAGCUUGUGGCACAGAUUUAUCCCACUAGCUUGUGGGGUGGCACGAGUGAUAAAGAUCUUGAAUUUGGAUUGAGAAGUUUCCUAUCUUUACACUGUUGAGGAAGUCUUUUUUUUUUUUUUUUUUUUAUUGCUCAAGAAAUGGUA